AUGCCUGGUCAUGGGGGCGAGAAUCACUUAGUUGAAAACAGGUCACCUGCUGAUUGGCUUGGCUUCAAAAUUCCAUCUUUCCAGCAACAUUCUAAUCACGUCUGUAGUACAAGAGCUGUGACCUCUCAAAGUGCUGGUUUAGCAGGUUAUAUUCUUGGCAAAUUAUCUUAUCAAAAUGAAUGUAGGAAAAAAAUUUUAUCUCUCCCGAACAGCAAGCUUGCUGAAACUCUUCGACAACGUUUCUCAGGAGGCAGUCAACCAACAACAGAAUUUGUUCCCGAAGUUCCUAUGAAUACUACGCUGACAACCAGCGAUCCAAAGCUUUUUGAAGAUUCUAAUGUCUUUCAGUCAAAAGCAGAACCAAAAGAACCACUUCCCACCUUUUCAUUAGGUGAUCAGUCUAAUGAUGCACAAAAUCAAGAAUAUAAAUCAUAUGAAGACCUCCGACGCCAGAAUAGGAAGUCAUAUACAGAAAGCCAAUAUUCAAGAUGGACAAAACCUCCAUCAUCACCGCCACCUUCUGCUCCUGAGUCUAGACAAGAACAAGAUAAUAUACCUAUUAGAGAACCAAGAUCUUCACCAAAUAAUCCAGUUAAAUCUAAAAACCAAUAUGGUGAUGUAUGGGAAGAAGAAUAAUUUCCUUUAAUACAGUGAGCAAAUUGUUUCUUUGCAUUGCUAGAUUAGUUGUGCUUGAAUUUCAAGUUGAAGGGGUUUUCUGUAAAUGGAUGGAAAUAAUUCCCCUCUUGGUUAUUGGACUGACUGGAAUUGUUUUGGUAUAAUAAAUACAUUAAUGAACAGUUUUGUUCAUCAUUCCAUGUUACCUUUUUAA